GCCAUCUAAGGAUCGAAUGACUUUUGCCAUUUCGUGUCAGCAACCGACCUCUUGAGCGAGAAUGGGCCCGAGUCUGCAAGCUUUGGCCCCCAAACCCGUCAGGGGCCCUGUGGACAGCAAUGCACAAGGCCGCACAGUUGCACGCACUCGCCCUACAACAAAUCAGCAUCACAGCGACGCUGAGUGGCUGAAGCGCAAGCCGAUCAUAGAACGGCUUCUUUUCGUCGACCACUUGAAAAUCAAGAAGGCUGUCCAGGUUCUUGAGCGAGAUCAUGGAUUCAAGACUGGAAUACGAAGCCUCAAGACUCGACUUGAGCAAUGGGGCUUUAACAAGAACCUCUCCCGCGAUGACAUGAAGAUUUUGAUCGCAAGGAAAGACCAACGAAAGUGUCAAGGCAAGGACACCACCUUCACUCUUCAUGGGCAUGGCAUCCAGCCUGAGAGGUUGGCUACGUUCGAGAAGCGUUAUGCAAAAGACUAUGGCCCCGUGCCUCUUUCCAAUGCUCGUAAGUGGGGCAGCAAGACUCACCACACACGUCAUGCAAUUGACCUCCCACAGCAACGCCAGAUGGUGUCGUCUACUUUACCCCACGAGAAACUCGCCUGGAAGACGCUGCAGACUCUACAGGGCACCAUGAGACAUUGCAAGUCCAAGAAGGUCCUCAGAGGCAUAAGAGGGUCCUGGACGACACGCUCGAGGGGAAUCCUCAAGGUCAUGAAUACCGUGACAAGCGCCAGCGCAUCCAACAAUUCACGGGAGCUGGAAGCCUAGAGACAACUUCAUCCACCGACCAUGCCACGACAGCACACAUAGCAACACAAUCCGCCCCUGAUAUCGCAAGCGACCACAGACAGCCUCUUCAAGAUCGAGGCCACG